AUGGCUCAAGACGACCAUGGUCAGAGUCACAGUGACUCUCCCAAUAACCCUACAAUUUCUGCUCCAACAUCGACUUCUCCUUCUCUAGCUCCCAUAGUUACAUCUGUCACCGCUCCUCCAGCUUCCACCACGAGUGCUGGACCUCUUAAGACUGCUGCUGCCGACACGACACUCCCACCCAUCACCGAGCUUGCUUCAGUGCCGUUCACGGCUGCGGACCGCCCGACCGCCUCGACGACCGUUCCAGUUCCCACCUCUACACCCGCCGCAUCCUCCGAAUCCGAACCCUUCGCCGUCUCUUCUUCCGUGCCGACUCUCACGCCAGCCUCGGCUCCUGCUGCUUCUGCCGCUCCGCCCGCGGUUCCUCAGCAGAACGGCGACAGCAGGGCCCCCGAGGCUGCUUCGACACCCACGUCCAAUUCGGAAAUGUCCAACCAGCAUCCAGGACUACCUCAUGGUCAGCAUGUGAGCUACCCGGGCUCCUCGACGCCUUAUGCGUCCUCGGCAGGCCCAUCAGCCGCCCAAUAUGCCCCUUAUCCUGUAGUCACGAGUCAAGCAACGGAGCCAUACAGACCGAGUCCUAUGCCUGUUAGCAUGUCGCUGCCUAGCAUGAGGACGAUCGAAAACCCACAUGGGCCUCCGGUGUCGAAUCCGCAGGGCAUGCCAAUGAACAUGCAUAUGGCGCCCACGUCAGGCGGUGUGCCAUUCUAUGGCCACCAAGGCAUGCCAAUGGCAAGCUACGGUCUUCCCGAUUCUAUGGCUCGUUAUGCUAUUCCUCACGAUCCGCGACUUUUGGGUCACAGGGGACCGAAGAAGGUAAGCUAUGAUUUCGUAUUUGUCUCCCCUUGUGCAGCUUGUGGCCUUGGAACGCGAGAUGGGACGCGACGAAUCAAGAGGAUGACUUGGGAAGAAGGCGGGCUUCAGAUACGCGUCGUGGGUGGUGAGCUUGAAGCGAGUUAUCCAAAACCCUACUUGCUCGUUUGCCAGGAGGCCACAGAAACGAGCAAGACUCACAUUCACGUAGCACUCAUUGGCCCAGAUUCUCCCAACUCUAACAUCUUCUCCCAGUGCGACGAAACACACCCAACUUGCAACAACUGUAAAAAGUCGAAGCGCGAGUGUCUCGGUUACGACCCCAUUUUCAGACAACAAGCGGGCGGGCAAUCGUCUUCCAAUAUUCAACCCGCGCCUAGCCAAAGAACCCCUCCCACGGUUCCAAGCUCUGUACCUUCGACUGUCCCUUCGUCGAUAGCGCCCAACCCUUCCCUUACUGCUCGACCUACAAACUCAUACGGCAGCCAGCCGUCGAUGCUCCCAAGCUCGUACGCAACAGCUCACGCGACUACAGCAAGCCCUAACCCGUCCAUUACCUCGCUUAGCUACGACUCAAGUUUCUCCAACGUUGCAUCUCCUCCUGUCAAAUCUGAGUCGACAUACGAGUAUCCGCCCGCAAUCGACCCAGCCCUUCAAGGAUUCUCAUCAACCUCCAACGCAGAAAGCUCUAGAGCGGUUGAACAAAGGCCUCUUGCUGACAACAACCAACAUCUUAGAGCCAACAAAAUGAAGAUUGAUGAAAUCAUCGAUCUCUUGGGCACAGUUCCUCCGCCCCAGAACAUUGCCCAUACUGAGGGGAUUCACAAUGAAAUCACCAAGGUUUAUCAUGAAAUGUACGCACCUGGGCUUACCUCUUUCUUCGAAUCCGGGUGGUACUAUUGUACGGAAAAUGGAUCACCCUCGUUUCCUAGAAGCCAGCGUCUUAUCGAAUUAAUGGCGUCUUUUCUCAAGGCUUUGGAGGCUGUAAAAGUCAAUGAUCAAACCCAAAUGGCUUACUCUGGUAUUCUUGAGACGCGCCUUGUGUGGGAGCUUGCGCGAGCAGUAUACGAAACUCCCGCUGCAGCUUCCGCUAUCAGUACCACAACACUGCCGCGCGAUGGUGAUGCGAAGGAGACCCAAAACCGUGUCCGAGUUGUUGAGGCACUUUUGUGCGGAGAUCAUCUAUCAGUCAACCCACUCUGCCCACCAAUUCAAGACCCUGACAGUUAUCGAACCCGACAAUUUGAUUUCUGGUACAGCCUAGCUGAGUUCGUGCGUACGCGGGAGGAUCCCAAUGGUCCGUCUGCGGCCAAGUCUAGGGAGGAAAUGCUUUCGAGAAUGCGCUAUCUUCUCGAUGGUCGUGAGAACCGCGAUGUUCUCUACUCGAUUGCAGUUGUUCGAGAACUGGCUCCCCACUUCGAUUCUCCUUACGGCAACGCUGCUCCUCAGCACGCCGACGAGAGUGACCCCAAGAACAGACUCUCAGUUGCAUCCAAGUUCAUUUACGAUGAGUCUCAGGUCACAGGUGGAACAACCAACGUCGUACGACGUCUAUGCGACAUUGCACAUAGAGCUUUCGUCAAUCCAGGUGUCAAUAUUGCUCGGAGAUCUUGA